CAGACCGUGAUGAAAUCCUUCGGCAGCACCAACAACUCAGCGUUCGCCGUUUCGCCAUGUUGCCGGCUCGAGUGGGGCCGAGAGACAACUGGAGACAUACGGGAAAUCCAUACUACCCUGUUCACGGCUCCCAGCAAGUUGCACACGCCGGCUCUCCAAAUGGACUUGCCCUUCAAGGCAACGAGCUGGCCAAGCAGUCAAUGCGGCCGCCGCCCAGCUGGAAGGAGCAGGCCUAUAUGCCAGGACCUGGCCUGCUUGAUCUCGGUGCUCAGGAAGAUGAUGAGGUCACAAGGAAGCUUCAGGAGGCUGUCAAGGCGGCCGCUGUUCAAUAUGGCCGGCAAGCCGUGCACAAAGGGGCACAGUUGGCAAAGAAGGCAGCCAUCCACAUCUAUCUUCACGCUGAGUCGAGCGCGUGGACCGUGAAGGGGGUGGCUUUCGUGGUUUCUUUGGUACUUUUUGUGGUGUCCAUGCUUUCCUUAUUCAACGUCUUUCAUGCACUUUCGCAUCCUUUGUACUACUUGCUGAAUUCCUACAACCUGGCGUUUGCAUGCGUGAUUGUGAUAAUGGAGGGCCCAACAGAGAUGGACUGCCAGUGCGGAGCGUGGGACAAGCUUCAACGAGUUCUUUUCAGCUGGGCCGCAUUCUUGGCGUCCCGUACAGGCCGUGCUCUUUUCUACUUCUUCGUCGGUACACUGAACAUGUUCAUGAUGCCUCAUGAUUGGCUUUGGACCCUGAUCUAUUUCUCUUUGGGCUCUGCUUUGGCCUUUGUUGGUCUGCUAUCCCUGCUAGACAGAUAUGGGUGCACCACAAUUUGCUGCCCGGGAAUGCGCGGUCAUGUUCGUGGCAAGCUGCGUGAGACUGAUCAUUAUGGAGAUGCAAUAGCAAACAGAGGUAGUCCUCAAGGAUCCGAUAAUUCUUCACCCCAGGGCUAUGCGGCCAGAAACCCGCCGAGAAUCCAGGAAAUGGAACAGCUCCUUGAUGCAGAGAUGGGGCACAACCCGUAGCCCUGCAGGCACUUAAUGAGGCUCACAGGCUGCCUUUUUGCUCUGGCUUGACUUGUUUAAUGCUAUUUGCCUCCAUGAUGCGGGCCUCUCUCAAGGUAUCCUCACAGAUAACUUGUUUAGACCGUGGAUGAGGAUGCACCACCCCAGUUGAACUGAACUUGGACUACUGAAAGCCAGACGAGACAGGACAAAUUGUUUGAGGCAAGGUGCUAUUGAUUUAAAUACUCUUGGAUAGCGUGUUGUUCUAGUAUAAGAUGAUUUACUUGCACAGUAUCACCAUGCUUUGUCAAAGAAGUGCUGUGUGAACUGGGGGCUGGCACC